CUUGGUCUCUUAGAAGUCCCAAGCGUCACCUAGUUGGAACUUGGAGAAGUGGGGUGAAAACAUACAACUUGCCCAUUCAAACAUCUAUUUAAGGACCUCAAUCCCUCUUUAUCUCCUCAAAAGAAAUCAACAUCUCUCUCCUUUUCCCACCUGUUCUUGCCCUUCUCUAGCUCUCUUCUCGCACUCUUCUCUUCGAGCAAUCAUUUUUCUCCCAUCCUAAUGCUCAUCAUUCACCAAUAGCUUCAGACCAAAGUCGUUCUAAAAGAUCCCUUACUUCUGCACAGGAGAAUGGCUUUGGUUGGGUUUAUCUUGCUUGGCUUUCUCCCACUAUUCACUGCUGCACACGGGUAUGGAGGGGGAUGGUCCAGUGCCCAUGCUACCUUCUAUGGGGGAAGUGAUGCUUCUGGGACGAUGGGUGGGGCUUGUGGCUAUGGUAACUUGUACAGCCAAGGGUAUGGGACUAACACUGCAGCUUUGAGCACUGCACUCUUUGACAAUGGACAAAGUUGCGGGGCUUGUUAUGAGAUAAGGUGUGCAGAUGACCCCAAGUGGUGCCUGCCAAGUUCCAUUGUGGUCACAGCAACCAAUUUCUGCCCGCCCAACGAUGCCCUCCCCAGUGAUGCUGGGGGCUGGUGCAACACACCCCUGCAGCAUUUUGAUCUCUCUCAGCCUGCGUUCUUGCACAUUGCUCGGUACAGGGCUGGAAUUGUGCCCGUUGCUUAUAGAAGGGCCCCAUGCAGGAGGAGGGGGGGCAUCAGGUUCACCAUCAAUGGUCACUCCUACUUCAACCUGGUGCUCAUCACCAAUGUUGGAGGUGCUGGGGAUGUGCAUGCAGUGUCCAUCAAAGGAUCCGUGACUGGGUGGCAGCCAAUGUCCAGGAACUGGGGCCAGAAUUGGCAGAGCAACACCUACCUCAAUGGCCAGGCCCUCUCCUUCAAGGUCACCGCCGGCGACGGUCGCACUGUGGUCUCUUACAAUGUGGCUCCUGCUAGCUGGUCCUUUGGCCAAACCUUCAGUGGGGGGCAAUUCCAUUAAACUGCUUAGAACCCCAUCUCCAUCUAUCUUCCAAACUUAUAGCAGGCAGUGUAUUCGUGGUAUAUAUUGACAGUUAUGUGUCAUUAGGACAAGAAGAGUGAUGUAUCGAUAUUAGAAGGGCUUAUUUUACUGUGGCUCUUCGCAGUAUCUGGUUGUGUGUUUCUCUAGGCCUUCUUUCCAAGGCCUUAAGAGUUAAGACUGCUCUCGAAGGAGAAGAAGAGGGUGGUGCUCUGCUUCUUUCUCUGGGCAAAAAUUGGCAGUGGUGGGACUCUUACCCACCCGCCAACUAGCAUAUAGGGAGAUAUAAGUGUUUUGGCUACUUUUAUCUGUAUGCGUUCCUCUGUGUUCCUUUUAUCUGUGGUGAGCUUGUUAGAGGAAGAAAGCUCCUUCGGAGUUUAUGUAAUCAGUUGUUUUCAGUUGCUUGCUGAAAGGCUUUGCUAUCUUUAGCCCAUUUGCAUGGAAGCUGAAAUCUGUAGUUACCUAGUAAUGAAAAGUAUUCUUAUAAUUGGGUACUAA